AUGAAAGGGUAUAGAGAUAGUUUUGAAAAGGUAAAUUACAUUUUCAUUUGAAAAAAAAGUAUUUAUUCAUUUUUUAGAUUGCUCAAAUUCAAGGAAGAGUAGAAUACAUGAAAGGAGAAUUUUCCUAUGAACAGAUGUUACAACUCAAUGCAUCGUGUGGACGUUUCCUUAUAAAGCAACUGAAUGAAAACCAAAUAGUGAAUAUCAUUAAAUUGUUUCAUAAUAAUGAUAUUAAAAAAGAAAGAAACUUUACAUUUGUAUUGGAUCGACACAGAAAUUUCAGUAUGAAUGUGUUCCUCAGAAUUCUGGGAAUGGAAAUAAGAAUGACACCAACAAGAGAACAAAAGUGAGCCAAAUGGUUGAUGCGGGUUUAUUGUUAAUAAUUUGAUUUUCAGAGGAAUCGAAGUCAAAUUGUUGGAUAGAAGUAUGCAAGGAGAAGCUGCUAAUCUUUAUGUCAAUAAGAAUUCCAUCAUUUUCAUAUAUCCUUUUGAUCCUGAUUAUAAUAGAACACAGGAAAAAUAUCUGUAUAUUCUUCAUUAA